AUGCUAUACCUGUCAGCACCUUGCAUGGGCAUUGGGCUAGAAACUGCAGAGCAUCAUGGCCAGUCGGUUAUCGGCCUAACGGAAGUGGCUUCACAUUUGCCAAUCCAACACAUGAAAACAGAGCAGGAGGAGCAGGAGGAAGUACAAGUGGACGAUGAAAAUAAUGACAACCUCAAAGACUGGCUUUAUCAGGUAUUAGAAAAUGAACAUGAGUGUGAAUUAGAAACAGUUGUAAUGCCUUCAGUUAAGGGAAGACUGAAAGAACAUAUUACAUUUUGGAUAAAAAUUGGCGCGCCAAAUUUUCUCCUUUCCGUGAUUCAAGAAGGGCAUAAAAUACCAUUUAUAGAAACUCCACUAACGCUUAUUUGCGAAACAACAAGUCUGCUUUACUACAAAGAUUUUGUACAACAAGUGAUUUCAGAGUUACUGCAAUCCAAUAAGGCAACUAAAACAAGUAGUAUGCCACACAUCAUGCAUCCAUUAUCUGUUUCAGUCCAAUCCUCCAGAAAGUUACGGCUUAGUUUGGAUUUCAGGCAUGUAAACAAUUAUGUACGAAAACAAAACAUUAAACUGGAAAACUGAUUUGACAUAUUUUCACAAAAGUUGCUUUAUGAUUUCCUUUGACCAGAAAAGUGGUUAUCACCUCAUUGACAUUCAUCCUGGUUCCCAAACAUUCCUAGGGUUUGCUUGGAAGAUACCUGAUAUCCCCAUCUAGUUGCAAACGAAAAAAAAUGUAUCUGGCAACUGUGUCAAGAAAUAGUUUGGCUCGGUCUGAUACAGGCAUAUUCCAAACUAUUGAGUAUUUGAAAUAGCAGAAAUGUUAUAUAUCGGCUGCCAGGAAAGAUUAUUUCCACUACUUUUUGGGACGCUGAUCCCUGUAAUAAUGCUCCAAUAUAAUGUAAAGGUUCCAAUCUGAUUAAAGAAGAUGUGUACAUGAUAUACUUUGGAAUUUCCCAUAUUGAUCAUAUUCUGUUGUUUUAUUUUGUUUGUGUUAGAUGUUAAGCGAGUGUGCAGUGUGGGAAAACGUUCCCAGCCAUGUGAGACCUGACACCAAGGUAUUUGGUUUUCUGCUAAAUGACCAUCAUAGAUUUUCUGCUAAAAUCAAGGCAGAUACUACCUCUAAACAGCACCUAGAAGAAAUUCGAAAGUUACUGAAGUGGAUGAGUUACUGA